AUGCCGUACGUCGAAGUACUCCCAAACUCGGCCACCACCGUCGCGCCCGGAUGGACGUACGUCGUGGAUACCGGCUACGACCCCUCCAAAGUCGCCAUCAACCCAAAGAACAAGAAGCGCGCCGCAGCAGCAACACCCGGCGGUCAACGUGGCGAAAAUGAACUCUCAGCACGCCAGCAGACCGCCAUAGCACGACGCAUAGCAGAGCUAGAACGCGACAACGAUCCCAAGCAAACCAUUGCUAUUCCUGGCAAACCAGGCGUGCCUAAGACACAGAAUGCUCGCAGAAUCAUACAGUACCAGCGCCAGAUCAAGCAUUGGCUCGACGACGAAGAAGCGCAACUAGGCCUCGUGACAACCGCAUCGCGAGCUCAGCCCUCAAGGAAACAAAGUACAUACGCCUCCAUACCUGCGACACCCAUCGAGCCAGUGCCCGCGACCCCGGCUAUAGCGCAGACGCCGUCUCGCCUCGAUGACACAAAUGCAGACGAUGACGACGCGCUGCUUUCUAUCGAUCGCGCGAUGCCGCUGCCGCUUAAUCCUGAAGAGAUGGAGGCUUUGCUGGCUGCGCCGCCGCUUUCAUAUGCUGCAAGCCAUGUUGCGGCACCUCCUGCUGAGGCACCGCCGCAGAGGCAGUUUUGCGAUAAUUGUGGCUAUUGGGGGCAGAUCAAGUGUCGGAAAUGUGGUGCGAGGGUUUGUGGGUUGGAGUGCAAGGAUGCGCAUGAGGCUACGAGGUGUUUGAAGUGGGCUUGA